CAGGGGCCAAGGGCAAAGGCGCUGAUUGUGUUUUGACAAUCAGCAGACGGACAGUUGGAGUACUUGGAGUGCAGCAAACAUGCGGAAAAAGGUGCAGCUGGUGAUUGGCGAUAAAGUGUUGAUUGAAGAUGUCAACUUCCUCUGCGAAAUCAGUCACUUUUUUGAAGCGAUGCUUCAAGGCAACUUUGAAGAGAGCGAGAUGGACUCGAUUGAACUCACGGAUUUCAUUGAGCCGUCAGAAUUUGUCUGUUUUGAAUUAAUUUUGGAAGAGUUGAAACGAGGCAAAAGUGAUGGAGAGGAGCUUUUCAUGACGGUUUUCAGGAUCAUGUCACCCAAGUUUUUCCAAACCAUGUCAAAAAUUGUGGUCAAAGUGGACGAUCUUCCGGAAAUUGCAAUGGUCACCAUGAAGGUGGAGGAAGUUGGCGAGUACCUAAAGAUUGCUGCUGAAUUUGGCAACGACCUUUUGGCCAAGAAUAGUUUGCAAAAGGCCGUAGGUGUCUUCAGCGAAUUCCGCAAGACGCUUUGUUUUAAGCAAAUGUCAAUCAACGAGGUAAAGAUUGUGAUCUGCCAUGAAUAUCUAGAUUACAAGAGUGAGACUCAGAUUUUGCGAGCCGUCUUCGGGUGGCUGAACUUUGAUCUUGCUGGCAGGGAAGAGAAUUUUGAGGAGGCUCUGUCACUUGUCAAUUGGAAAAAAGUCACUAAAAACCAGCUCUUUUUUCUUGCUGAAAAGUCCAGGAUUGUGCAAAAAAGCGAAAAGCUAAUCGAUCUGGUUUGCGCCAUGUAUAGCAUAGAGUGGCUUCUACCAAAAGGUAAGAAGAACAAGAUCCAUUACAAGGGUGUUUGGAGUUAUCAAAGCGACAUGGAGAGCGUUGUACCAACCAAAUUACAAAAGAAAUAUCCACCUGAAAUCAUGGCGGCUGCCUCAAAUGUUCUUCAGUCGAAAGUGAAGCGAAAACCGCAGCCGCUUUGGCUCAUGAUUAAAACCAAAUUCACAAUCAAGGAGCAAUCCUUCAAUGCUGCGUUUUUCUACGACGCGCAGAAGGAAGAGUUUGCAAACAAUGUCAUUAUCACUCCGGAUUUUUUCCGCCACGUAUUCGAUAUAUACGAUUUCAAGAUCUAUCUGUUUGGAAAGGUAUAUGAAAUUGAUAAAAAUCGAGCAGUUCGACGCAGACCUAUAAAUAUCCACCAGCAAAUGUGGGAAAAUAUGAGGAACAAGAAGCAGGAUCAGUGCAUGGAAACAAUGCACUUAUGCCAUAGGCGGGAUCCAUAUAGGGUAGAACGUUUAGGAAGAAACUUUUUCAUUUCUGAUCGAGACCAUGAGCCCCUCCAAACUUUUGACUGCAAAGAUGGCUCCACAAAAACAUUAUUACUGCCGAAUUUGGAGGACAUUUUUCUGACGCAGCUCCCGAUCUGGUUCUUUUAUCCCCGCCCUUCCCGGUUUGAAAGAAGAACACCGAUCACUAUUAAUAAACCUACGAAAUCUUUUGAGAACCAACCUCUUCCUUCGAAAAUCAAGUGUCACGGUUUGUCGUCUCCCUUUUCAGACAAAUUCAGCACAGUGCUUAUCGAAUCAGAACACUUCAGCCCCAACAGUGACGGUACAUAUCAGAGCGCCACGUUUCUCGUCUCUUGCAGAAAAGUUGUUUACAUCUUGUUCAAGAACGGUCCUGACAGCUUUGGAUUUUACAAGUCGCAGGGAAGAUAUCGCGGCCUAGAGAAGCUCAAGGAUAUCACCUGUUUGGAGGCGAAGAUGGAAAAAUUGCUUGCUAAGCACUGGCCUGCUGAGAGUGAAAAAAUUGAUUUUACCAGGUCGCUCAUGAGCUUCAAAAUCAUCAACCCCGUUUGGGUGGAUGGCGUCAGGUUGAGAAAAAGCAAACAUUCAUCAGCAAUUUCUGAUUUGCUCGAUUUAGGAAAUUAUUUUUCUAAAUUUCCAUUUCCAUUGCACUGGAAAGAAGAAUUACAGGAAAUGAGUCAACAUCAGGAAAACCAAACCAGCGACAUGGAAGCUGAAUUAGUUGGAAUGCUCAUGGAGGCAUGUCAGAUCAACUGAUAUUUAUUCUUUAUUGAACUGGCUUUAAUUACCGUACCCUUGUUUAAACGUUAGUAAAUUUAUUCCAGCCCAACA